CGCAAUAUUAUUGUACGUUUGGUAAAACUUUCCGCCAACUCCCAGCCAUCCGCUAUCAGUAAACGCAAUUCUACGAAAACUCCGAUAUAACAUUAAGCUGCCGUGAAAAUGCCGAGUGGCAAAAACUUUAGAAGGAGAAAGGAGUCGUCGGAUGAGGAGGAGGAGGAUGAGACAACUCGAGAAGUCAGGUUGAAAGUAGAGGAAGCUAAAGAGCUUCAGAGUUUGAGGAAACGGCAGACUGGAGUCAGUGUGACCGCACUGUUGGUUGGAGAAAAACUGCCACCAGAGGCUGAAAUUGAUAAUGACCCUUUUAAAAUGAAGACUGGAGGAGUUGUGGACAUGAAGAAAGUCAAAGACAGAAACAGGGACAUGACAGAAGAGGAGACAGACCUCAACCUGGGCACGUCUUUUUCUGCUGAAACUAACCGAAGAGACGAAGAUGCAGACAUGAUGAAAUAUAUUGAGACAGAGCUGAAAAAGAAGAAGGGUUUGGUUGAGGCAGAGGAGCAGAAGGUUAAGCAGAAGAAUGCAGAGGACCACCUGUAUGAGCUGCCCGAGAACAUCCGAGUCAAUUCAGCCAAAAAGACGGAGGAGAUGUUGUCCAAUCAGAUGCUGAGUGGGAUCCCUGAAGUCGAUCUUGGCAUUGAUGCCAAGAUAAAGAACAUCAUUUUCACAGAGGAGGCAAAAGCCAAACUUCUGGCAGAACAGAGGAACAAGAAAAAAGACAAUGGCACAUCAUUUGUACCCACCAACAUCGCUGUCAAUUAUGUCCAACACAACCGCUUCUAUCAUGAGGAUGUGAAUGCACCACAGAGGCACCACAGACACAGAGAAGAGCCCAAAGCGAGGCCGCUGCGUGUGGGAGACACUGAGAAACCAGGUCCAGAAGCUACGUCACCACCCAACUACCGCAAACGUCCAAACAACGAAAAGGCCACAGACGACUACCAUUACGAGAAGUUCAAGAAGAUGAACCGACGAUAUUGAGAAGCUGGAUUUUUUUUUUUUUCAGGAAGAAUGGUUCAACAUGAUGCCCGUCUUUAUAGAGACUGACUCCUUUAGAUUAGUGCACUGGAUUCCAAAGACAGUCCUUUGUAAACAUUGUAAAUAGCUCCCUGCGGUAAUCUGUAUACAGUACAUUUGCUUUGGGAUGUCCACAACAUUCAAGUUAUCGUGUGGUUCAGGAUCGCCUGAUGACCAAGCAAUCAGUCAGAUUAGACCAGGAUCUUACAUCAGAGAUGUGGCUUUAUUAGUUCACUUUGUUAGAUUUGUAGUUGUAGAAUUUCGUGAAUAGGACUUUCAACAUGUUUUGAUUAAAAACGUAAAACCACAA